CCUACCAUUUCGGUCAGCGUCCUUGUCUUCCCAUCGCAUCCCAGGCUAUAUCUUGAGGCUCAAUCAGCAGCCUCUCUCAGAUCUGUCAUGAGCACAACAUUGUUCACUCGACGCUGGGCGCUUGUCGGCCGUACGCGAGUCCCGCCUGACAUCAUCGGCACACGUGCCAUGAGUACAUAUGCGCGUCGACUGGCGUGCCCAUCUCAUCCUCAACCCUCACUGCGCUACCAACCGUCCAAACUGAAGCGCACAAUGACGACUCAGCUUGAUAUCGGGACUCGCGUUCAGACCGAUAAGGAUGGCUCGUUCGUGCGCCCUGCCUCGUCGUUCCGCAACUUCAUCGAGAAGGGUGGCAAGUUCGCACCAGAGCGCGACCGCUAUCAUCUAUAUGUCUCGUACGCUUGUCCCUGGGCCACUCGAGCCUUGAUUGUGCGCAAGCUCAAGGGUCUCGAGGACAUUAUCCCUUUCACCGCCGUCUCCCCUCGCAUGGGAAAGGACGGCUGGCCUUUCAGACGUGAGGACGACGAGGAGUCCAUCUUCCCCGCCGCCGACCCCGAUCCGCUCUACCAGUCCGCGCACGUGAAGGACCUCUACUUCCGCGCGGACCCAAACUUCUCCGGCCGCUUCACCGUGCCCGUGCUCUGGGACAAGAAGCUGCACACCAUCGUGAACAACGAGAGCUCGGAGAUCAUCCGCAUCUUCAACUCGGAGUUCAAUGACCUGCUCCCUCCUGAGAAAGCGGCGCUGGACUUCUAUCCAACCGAGCUGCGCUCAAAGAUCGACGAGGUGAACGAGUGGGUUUACCAUCAGAUCAACAAUGGUGUAUACCGCACUGGAUUCGCCACCACGCAGUCGGCCUACGAAAAGGCUGUGAACGAGGUCUUCGAUGGACUUGACAAGGUCGAAAAAAUUCUGUCGAAGAGCGAAUAUCUGGUGGGUGACAAGCUGACCGAGGCGGACAUUCGCCUCUGGGUGACCAUCAUCCGCUUCGACCCCGUCUACGUCGGUCACUUCAAGUGCAACUUCCGCACCAUCCGAGCUGGAUAUCCCGCCAUCAACGAGUGGCACAAGAAGCUGUACUGGAAUAACAAUGCCUUCAAGUCCAGCACCCGCUUCGACCACAUCAAGACCCACUACUACUGGUCGCACCCUCACGUGAACCCGACCAGAAUCGUCCCUCUUGGGCCAGUGCCCGACAUCGAGCCGCUGUAAGUAAGUCAGGUCAAGGCAUAAGACAAUGUACUGUUAUACGACUUGUAUUCUUGGAGAUGACAGAACUCAACAUGAAUCUUUUGUUUGCACCA